AUGGAUGUUGAGAAAGUCAAUGGUGGUAUCCUUGAGAAAGGGGAUAUUACCGAAGGAGAAACAACUGAACAAGGCUCCGUGAUCAAUGCAUCUGGCCAUACAGAUCAACUUACUCGCCAGUACGGCCUUGUUGGACUCACUGGUAUUGCAGUGACAGUCAACAACGCCUGGGUUGUCCUCGGCUCCUCAAUAUCUGUAUCAAUCCUUAGUGGAGGCAUUUCAGGUGUCAUCUAUGGCCUCAUAGUCGCAGUGAUCUACUACACUUUCAUCGGUCUGAGUAUAUCAGAGUUCGCUUCAUCUUGCCCCAGCUCUGGCGGUGUCUACCACUGGGCUACCAUAGCUGCCGGGCCCAAAUGGGGUCGUGUCACGGGCUUCUAUACUGGAUGGAUCAACUUCUACGGCUGGAUGUUCGGUCUCGCAUCUCUCGUUCAAGUCGCUGCGAACGCAGGUGUUCAAUGUUAUGCCACUCUCACACCUGGCUUCUCUCCCUCAGCAUGGCAUGUCUACAUCGCAUACCUGAUUGUCAUCUGGCUCAGCACCUUCGUCGUGAUAUUCUCGAACAGACUUGUUCCAUACACUCAGAAGCUUGGACUUUUCCUCGUUGUUGCAGGUGGUCUCGUGACUAUCAUUAUUGUCGCAGUUAUGCCGUCAAAGCACGCCUCUAGUGACUUUGUCUGGAACUCGUUUCAUGAGAACAACCUGACUGGCUGGAAUGACGGCGUUGCGUUUAUGGUCGGAAUUCUCAAUGGGGCUUUCACUAUUGGAACUCUCGAUGCCAUUACUCAUAUGGCAGAAGAGACCAAGAACCCAAAGAAGGAUCUACCUCGAGCUAUCUUUCUUUACAUCUCCAUCGGUGGUGUCUAUGCUUUGGCUUUCGCUAUUGUAUUGGGAUACGCCAUCUCCGACUUGUCUGUUCUACAAGGAAACUCUAACACAUUCCCCUUGGCUGGAAUCUACCGCCAAGCCACUGGAAGUGCCUCUGCUACGUUUGCCCUACUCUUCAUCAUUCUUAUCUCAUCUCUUUGCUGCGUCAUCGGAACGGUAUUGACCAACUGUCGUACGUAUUGGACUUUGGCUCGAGACCAAGCUGUGCCCUUCUCCAGUUAUUUCAGCAGAGUAAGUGCCAAGCUUGGUACGCCAGUUGAGUCAACCCUGUUCGUGGCAGUCAUCGCUUCAGGUAUUGGAGCAAUUCCACUAGGAAGCCCUGUUGGGUUCAGUAACUUAACUGGAUCGUUCAUCAUCAUCACUACAGUGUCAUAUGCCAUCCCUAUUGUGUCGAAUCUGCUCAGCGGCCGCAAGCGAUUCUCGCCCGGACCCUUCCACUUGAAGAACCUGGGUUACUGGAUCAACGGACUCACCAUAAUACUGAUUGUGGUCUUUGAUGUCUUCUUCUGUUUCCCCGUGGGUAUCCCAUUUGAUGCAACGACCAUGAACUAUAACUCCGUCAUUCUCUGCGGCCUUUGUUUCUUGAUUACGAUAUGGUGGCUGGUGUCAGCCUCGAAGCAUUACCCGGGACUUUCGUUUCAUCAGAUGUAUCAAGGAGAUGAAGAAAAAGAGACCGUGGCAUAG